CUCGGUCAAUAGGCCGGCUUGGUGGUGCGCUUCGCGGUGCUCCGAAGUGCGGCAGGCACGAACCGUACAGCUGACAUGCGGGUCGCAGAGAGAUUUGAUUUCGAUUCAAGAAUCAUUGAUUGUUUGGGCCGGGAUCAAUACGAAGCUACGUUCUUCAUGUGGAUGGGGGGGCUAUGCUGAGUUCCGAUAAAGUAGCGGAUCGGGGGCCCAAUCACCUGGUACUUCAUAGCGUCGCUCGACAGAAACAGUUCGCAUACGAUGGAGUGGGGGCGUGCGUGCUAACGAUGGUCAAGUUUCACCGUGUCGCACUUGACCAGUCAAGAGUUGUAGGCUGCUGGGCAGCAUGCAAAUGGCUGUCCAAGUCCCAGCCACAUCAAUCACAAUCGUUGUGCCCACCCCUCUCCCCCCCCCCUGCUUCUUUGCUUAGAAAGCAAGAAGCACGGAAGCAUGAGUCAAGUGGGAAAAAGUCUUGGCCAGCGCUCACUCGCCCGCACGCGCCUCUCCUCCAUUUUGGCCGUCUCGUCGAGAGGUGUUUGUUGCUGACCGAUACCUCUCUUGGCAAAUUAGAACCCGACGUAGGCCCACUCGACAGCAAAGGCUUGGCGCGCAGCCAGCCAGCCAGCGCGCCCUCGUGACGGCUCGUGCGUCUUGCAAGCACGAACCUGAAGUCAAACAGGUCACCAAGAGAUGAUGCAG